CGGGUUUCCUUGCUGCGGUUUCUAGCCUCCAUUCUCCCCUCGCGCCCAUCUUGAGUCCCGCGUCCCUUCCGGUUUUGGCCCCGCCCCCGCCCUAGGGCCCCGCCUCCCGCCGGUAGGGCCCCGCCUCCCGAAGCAGUUCCGGUUCGGAUUCGAGCGGCUGCCGGCGCGGUUGAGACGAGGGCCGGCCGGGGCAAUGCCUGCGCGCAGCCGCCACCGCCCCAGGGUCCACUUCGGCUCGCCUACCCGGGCUCCACCGCCGCUUCUUGAGGCGUCUCACUCCGGCGAGGCUCGGAGGGCGCCGGGUUCCGACAGCUGCUCGGACGCCGACUCGGAGGUGGGUCUGGGGAGCCCGACUCGGACCGCUGAGGCAGUGGAAGAGGAAAUGGCUUUUCCUAAUCAGCUCUGCAUUCGCCGCUGGACUACCAAGCAUGUAGCUGUUUGGCUGAAGGAUGAAGGCUUUUUUGAGUAUGUGGACAUUUUAUGCAAUAAGCACCGACUUGAUGGAAUCACGUUGCUAACGUUGACUGAAUAUGAUCUCCGGUCUCCUCCUCUGGAAAUCAAAGUCUUAGGGGACAUUAAAAGGUUAAUGCUGUCAGUCCGAAAAUUGCAGAAAAUACAUAUUGAUGUUUUAGAAGAGAUGGGAUACAACAGUGACAGUCCCAUGAGUUCCAUGAGCCCUUUCAUUAGUGCUCUUCAGAAUGCAGAGUGGCUCUGUAAUGGGGAACCUUCACACGACUGUGACGGACCCAUCACUGAUUUGAAUUCUGAUCAAUACCAGUAUGUGAAUGGUAAAAACAAACAUUCUAUUCGAAGAUUGGACCCAGAGUAUUGGAAGACCAUAUUGAGUUGUAUAUAUGUUUUUAUAGUGUUCGGAUUUACAUCUUUCAUAAUGGUUAUAGUCCACGAGCGAGUGCCUGACAUGCAGACCUAUCCACCACUCCCGGAUAUAUUCUUAGACAGCGUUCCUAGAAUUCCAUGGGCCUUUGCCAUGACAGAAGUAUGUGGCAUGAUUCUGUGCUAUAUUUGGCUCCUGGUUCUUCUUCUUCACAAGCACAGGUCAAUACUUCUGCGAAGGCUUUGUAGUCUGAUGGGCACUGUAUUCUUGCUUCGCUGCUUUACCAUGUUUGUGACCUCCCUCUCCGUGCCAGGACAGCACCUACAGUGCACUGGAAAGGUAUAUGGCAGUGUAUGGGAGAAAUUACACCGGGCCUUUGCCAUUUGGAGUGGCUUUGGUAUGACCCUAACUGGCGUUCACACUUGUGGAGAUUACAUGUUCAGUGGCCACACAGUCGUCCUAACUAUGCUGAAUUUCUUUGUCACUGAAUAUACACCAAGAAGCUGGAAUUUCUUGCACACUUUAUCCUGGGUUCUCAACCUCUUUGGAAUCUUCUUCAUUUUGGCUGCCCAUGAACAUUAUUCCAUUGAUGUGUUUAUUGCCUUUUAUAUCACAACGAGACUCUUUUUGUACUACCAUACUCUAGCCAAUACCAGAGCAUAUCAGCAGAGUAGGAGAGCAAGAAUUUGGUUUCCCAUGUUUUCUUUUUUUGAAUGCAAUGUUAAUGGUACAGUCCCAAAUGAAUAUUGUUGGCCAUUUUCAAAACCAGCAAUAAUGAAAAGACUAAUUGGAUGAAGACUGUCUUUGUAAUGUGUUCAUGAUUAAAUAUACAGUCGUUGUUGAAAGUGAGUAACUUUGCUUUCUCCCCCUAGGUUGUUCCUGGAUGUCUUGCUUUUUGGCCUGUAUGUUGACAAAGUAAAGUUCCCUGUCCUGAGCAAGGCUGUGAUUAUAGCAAGCAAGAAAGAAUAAUUAAGAGUCCUUAGGUAUCUGUUUGAACAGAAAGCUUAAGUAGAUGUCUUCUGCCCCUUCUCUUUAGGCAGACUUAAUGUUAUGAUUGAAGUCAGUCUCUUACC